UAGUCAAAAAUAUCUAUCUGUGAUUCCGUGUCACUAGUUUUAACAAAUUCCAAAUGUCGAUAUUAAUUAUUUUAUAACCCUUUCAUUUAAAAUUUGCGAUACACAUUUCUAAAAAGAAAUGGAAGCAAAAGAGAACAGAAGGUAAACUUAUAGAAACAAAUAGAAAAAUUGCAUGGCUGAUGGAGUUCAUCUAAGUCCAACAUAUCUUAUAUAUAGCCCAGACCCUCAAGCUAUCGUAUGUCCGUAUUGUCGAAAUAGGGUAAUUACAUACGUGGUAAAUAUACCGAGUGUCCACACAUACAUAGUAUCAUGUCUUUUAUGCAUUAUUUUUUGUCCGCUAUAUUGGCUACCCUUCGUUUGUGCCAGUACUCAGACUCGGAAUCACUUUUGUCCUAUUUGCAGAUCAUUUCUUGGAAGUUAUCCAUAAUAAAAACUUUGGAAAUUACAGAUACAUUAAAAAUAUAACACAACAGAUAUUGGUUUUAUUAAUACAAUAUUAAGUUCGAUUGCUUUGAGAUGAGUGAUCCGUGAUUGGAAUUAUAACACUUAAAUUAAUUUUCAAAUAUUAUCUAUAUCUCAAAGUAGUCUGAAGUAGAUUAUGAAAAAAAG